GUUCUAUAUCUUAUCUAUGCCAAUAAAAUCGCAUAUCUAUGUGAAUGGUUCUCCACUAUAAUCUUAGGAUUUUUUGGCUGCUGUUGUGAAGGUGCUGUUUCAAAUUAUCCCGCAUCGCUGCUACUUCCAGAUGAACAAGAUGCUAUUGUUCAACAUUUUUGCACCGCCGCCAGCACGACUUCUUCUUUUGCUCUCCCUCGCGUUCCUCUUGUUCUUCAGCGAGGACGAUCUUGUCGGUCUUCAUACAACCUCUUUCGGCGGCUUCUCUGCACCAUCACGAACAACCAGUCGUGGUCCUCGUGGUUCAUUUUUGUGCGUAGAAGUUCUAGCGAAGAUCGGGGGAGAUAAAAUCGACCUAGAGACCACGGAGCGAAACGUCGGAAGUGACCAAGAAGAUGAGCAGGAGGAGCUCCUGCAGCUGGUGCACUAUGGUCCGCACGAUGUAGUUAUGAACUGCAAAAGCAUCGUACUAGUAGAAAUCGCAUGACAAAUUCCCGCAGCAAAAUAAGAAUUUGUAAGGCAUAAAUGCGAUUAGUACGAGUACGAUACUUUUGCAGUGCAUAGUUGGAGCAGAUCCUGCUCGCGCCGGUAGAACUGCCGUCAUCGUGGACGAGCUGGGCGCCGAUGCUCGUCGAGUAGCUGCAGGACCUGGUGGUACCAAGAUGAAUGCGAUGAAAACUCGCCUGCGGGGCUCGCUGAGGAGCGGGGGCCGAUUAAAGGUUCUUUUGCCGGAACAAACGGCUGUUGUGCUAGGUGCAGCAUCUGCUUCUUCACCUUCGAAGGAGCCAUCUUCUUCAACAUCUGCCAUUCAACUCGACGACCACAGUGGUCCUUUUCCGCCCACCAGCAGCCCUGGGGCCGUGUCCGCAACGAGAGCAAUGGCACCAAACGAUGCUACGUCAGUACAAGAACGUAUGCCACGUACGUCAGCAGCACCGGCCGACUUGGAUCCAAGCGAAGAGUGGCGCGGCAGGGGAGGUUAUGAAUUGCAAAAAUGUCUGGGUCUGGAAGGUCACAACUUGUGAUGCUGUCUGUGGAUUCUGAAAAAAAUUUGUAUUGCAUGACCAGCAAGAGGGGUCGGGUUUGUCCUACGUGGAGAGGGCAUUUCUCAUGCGGUAGAGGUAUCACAAAGCCCUCUAAAAAUAUGUGAGGCUACGGCAUGCAUCACAGACAUCAUGGCUCAUGGAAUAAAAUAUGCAUGACAAAUGUAGAAAUGUAGUUCCAGACCCAGACAUAUUUCUAUUUGCAAUGCAUAGAGGUCAGAGCGCUCCCACUCUUCGACACGACGACGAAAAGAGCAAAGCAGAGCAUCUUUCAGAACCCAAGUUCGACACUCGGCACAACUACCUGCAGAGCAAGAGGACGAAGAAGGAGACGGAAGCUGCGGGCCCCUACUCGUAUUCCUACCUCCCCUCCGCCGAGUUGCUGAAAAAUCAAAAUGCGGGAGGUGAUCUUGAUCUUCUUGGGUCGAAGAUAAAGACGAGCCUGAUGAACAACAUGAAAAACAAGAACACUAACGGCAGGACGACGGGACGAGGACAAAGCACCGCCAUGCAACAAGCUGGACAACGUAGUUCUUACAUUCGCGGCAAUGUAGUCCUCGAGAAUGUUUUGUUGAAAGGUGGGUCCUCGGAGGUGCGAGGACUCUCGCCAACGAAGGCACGACAACUCGCUACACGACUACAAGACGCCGCGAAGCUGUAUUCCGUUUUCAUGAAUGGAACACGAGCUGCAGCGUUUCCGCCCACCACUUCCGGCGAGCGAAGAAAUGAACCUUCCGCGCCUACGAACGACACCCUUCCUGGAGCGGCCACGACCUCUAGUAGUACUUCACCUCGGCGGGGGCGCGACGUGGUCGAGCAGGCCGCAUCACAACCGGCAAGCUUUUUGGCUCGGGUGAAAAUGAUUGACGACCUAGAUUUUUUCGCCGGCGACAUGGCCGCCCGGCUGCAAGAAGACGUGCUAGAUACAGAAGCCGGCAACCCGGGAGGCGUGCUGGUGAACCACGGGGACACGUAUCAUCACGAUGGUUACGAGUCCGAUAGCCUGUUCAUGAGCAAUGCAAAUGGGAUAGCGGACCUGCUCGGAACACUGGGGAAAAUAGACGGGCAGACGACGCGACCUUCGAUCGGUACGUAUUUAACUAGCGAGAACUACCUGGACCCCGCAAAGUUCCAGCCCGGCACGCUUGACGUGAUGGAGCGAGCAAUGGAGCAAAUAACGCAGAACAGUGCCGAUAACCUCCACGACGAUUCGCCCGAAGAAUUUACAGCCAAAGUCGCGCGAGUGUGCGGCAUGCGCGAGGAUCAUUGGCCGGUGAAUGUCGACGACCAACUGGAGUCCUUCGCAAGCCAUCUGGAGUGGUCUUGGCUCGAGCUUGCUAUCGACGCUGACAAGGACGACAAUUCCGGCACACCACAGAAGGAACUGUCUUGGAGUGACUUGGAAAAAGUUCCGGCGAUUAUCACACAGAAAAAAGCAGGUAGGUCAUCAUGAUAUUUGUGUAUGCAAAAAUGAAUACACAAAAAAAUAAAAAUCUGUAUGGCAUAUGCCAAACCACAUGCGAUGUGUCCACCCACGACAGAUUUUUCACUUAUUUUUGCAUUACAAAUAUGCCCUGCUAGCUUUUUUCUCUGGGAUAGCGAUGGAGGCCGCGGCAGAGGACGGAAAGAUCACCUACGACGAGUGGCCGGGACCUUAUGGCGUUCUCAAAUGUAGUUACAUUCUCAACUCUUACAUGAUUUUGCAUGCAAAAUUACAUAUCAGAAUCGACACGAUGAUCAUCAAGCUGCUUCGCAUAACAAAUUCUCGAAGAGCCAAACAGGCUGAGAAUAUCUGCUAAAUGUGUCACGCAAGACGCGCAAGGUCGCCCCUUUCACUUUUGCCCUUCUUGCAUCACAAAUCCAUGCAACAGCUGAGAGCGUAACAGUAGUUGAGAACGCCACAGACCUAAGUCGGUCUGGUUUGCUAUUCGACACCGCAGCUUCGAGCUGGAUCCGUCCUCGGGAGUAGACCCUGUUGGCUGGGACUCGGACGAAGCUGUUGAUGGGUCGUGGACGUGGAGUAUUCCCUGAAAAUUAACCAUCCCUAUCCACCUUUUGCAUGAAAAGCACACCUUUUACUACAUGCUUUGCAUGACAAAUUGGAUGGGGAUGGUUAAUUUUCAGGGAAUAUGGAGUGACACUCGCGGUUCGUUCACAGCGCGGGACCUAUGCUGUGCAAAAGUAUCGUACUCGUAUAAAUGCAUUACAAAUUUCCUGAGCAUGAGAAAUAAAAUUUCUAAUGCGGAUUUACCUUAGCAAAAGGAUUUGUAUUGCAUGAUUGCAAUACGAGCGCGAUACUUUUGCACAGGAUAGGACCUGCAGGCCUACAACGACGAACAUCAUUCGGCCUCCGACCCUUGGAGCAUUGCGAACCAGGUCACGAUAUCAACUGUAAAAAUGUCUGGGUCUGGAAGAAUCCAACUUGUCAUGCUAAAUCUGAAGCAUGCAAAAAUCUUCUGUAUUGCAUGAUUACCAAAAGUCGUCCAGUUUUGACCAAGUCGGGAGGCAGUUUCUCAUGCAGGAUAGGCAUGGGAAAGAUCGCGCAGAAUCUGUCAUGCUAUGUCCUGCAUUCCAGACCUCAUGGGCCAUGGAAAAGCUGCAUGGCAAAUCGCGCAUUCUUCCAGACCCAGACAUUUUUCCAUUUGAUACACGAAAUCUCCGGGGGGUGAGCUCAUCUCUUCGUCGCACCAUCCUAGCAAACCUGAAGAUUCAGCGCACCAGAAUUUCGGAUACGCGACCCAGCCCAACUGGCUGUCGAGUCCUGACGUCCCGGAAAGCAUGCGAGAGUGGCUAGUGCGCCACACCGCGACCGGAAGGGCUUUUGGGGUCGCCGGCAUCAACGAGGCGGAGAGCCGCGCUUUCGUUGAUGCACUCGAGCACCAGGACCCGGGCCUGGAUCUCGGGGAGAAAAUCGACAGCGGCGAAGAAGUGCAGCGAGCGGUGCAAGUGUGGAAUGCCAAGACGAGCAGCGGGGGCGUUGCUGGUGAUUCCCUGGACGAACCGCCAAACUUCACCGACACCUAUCAGAAAAACUGGGAAGCAAUUUUGUUGGCAAAGAGUGACAGACGAGGCACGGAUGUGGGUUGGCCGGAACUUGAGCCGCUCGCCCUCGCCUUUCACACUGCUUGCCUCUCGGGGCCCAGCCCCCGUGGUUGCAAAAUGUUUGCACACCAUGAGCCGAGCGUCGCCAAGAGCACUUGGAUGGGCACAGAAGAUAUCAACUGUAAAAAUGUCUGGGUCUGGAAGAAUCCAAUUUGUCAUGCUGGUUUUGGAUUGUAAAAAAAUCUGUAUUGCAUGAGCAGCAAGAAAGAGAGUCCAAGUUUUGCUGCACUGAAAGAGCAUUUGUCAUGCGGUAUAGGCAUCAGGUAGCCCUCACAAAAUCUGUGAUGCUAGGGCAUGCAUCACAGACGUCAGGGGUCAUGCAAAACAUCUUCCAUACCCAGACAUUUUUACAUUUGAUAGAAGAGACGUGGCAACGACUGGUGGAGGCGUUCGUAUGAUCCGCAAAAAAAAAAACAACCCCUCCCAUCCACGUUUUGCAUGACUACAUACAAAUUGGAUGGGUGUCAGCAGGGGUAUUUAUUUUCUUGUGGAUACUUCGACACCGAGAACGAUGUCGUCGGCUUCAACGAGAAACUUGAUCGCCGUCCGCUACUAUGCAUUGCAAAAGUAUCGCACUCGUAUAACUGCACUACUUACAAAUUUCCUCAGCAUGAGAAAUAGAAAUUUGUAAUGCGGAUUUGCCUUCAGAAAGAGAUUUGUAAUGCAAGACUUGCAUUUAUACGAAUGCGAUGCUUUUGCACAGGAUAGCUACUCCACCGCGUGAUUGAGGAAGAGGAAGUGCUAUACUCUGUCCCCAGCCAGGCCUUAUCGAGUGCAAAAAUGUCUGGGUCUGGAAGAUUGCCAGGCUUGUCAUGCAUAUUUUGCAUAACCCAUGAUGCCUGUAAAAAUGCAUGACCUAGCAUCACAGAUUUUUGAAGGGCCUUCUGAUGCGUAUUCCGCAUGAGAAACGCCCACUUCGCGUAGCACAAACUGCACGCCUCUUGCUGACUCAUGCAAUACGGAUCUUUUUUACCUUCCAAAGACAGCAUCACAAGUUGCAACCUUCCAGACCCAGACACUUUCGCAUUUGAUAGGCCUCCACAGCGUUGGUAGAGGAAUACGAGCAGUUGUACAGCGACGAGGAAAACAAGCCCGAAAAUGUAAAAACCGUCUAUGACGUGCUCAGACGUUACAAUGAUCUCAACUGUUACAAUAGAAUCUGGAAUUUCAAUUUGUGUUGCAAGAGGUGCAUUUUUAUCUAGCCAACUGCAACUCUCAUAGGAUUGCGCAUGACAAGUUCUGGAGCCCCAACCCGCACUACAAUCAUCUGGCGAAAUUUGUACUGCAGAAAGUGGAAAAGUGUCCGAGUCUGUCAUGCUCAUUCAUGCAGUGCUCAGGAAUGAUGUCAUGCUCAGGAAUGAUGUCAUUGUCAUGCACAUCAUGCAACACAAAACCCAGACUCUAUAAUUGUAACGUUUGAGAUUGUAACGCUUGAGCAGGUCAUACCUUCCUCGAGGCAGUAUGGAGAGGCGUGGGCGAUCCGGAGGGUAUGAGCAGGAGCACCGCUUCGACCUUGGCGAGUGACGCUCUAAUUGGCCUACCCGCUUUAUCCCACAGUAAAAAGCUGGCAGGGCGGCAUAUUUGUAAUUCAAAAAUAAAUACGCAGAAAAAUCUGUCAUGCUUGGCCCCGUUGCAUGCUGUUUCAGAUAUGCAAUGCAGAUUUUUUUGUGUAUUUGUUUUUGCAUUACCCUGCCAGCUUUUUUCUGUGUGAUACGCUUACGGCUACAUCGCAUACGACAAAUGGAAGAGGAACAAGAAGAAGGCUGCUCGACGGGUAUUACGAGGAAAAAUCCCCCCUCCCCAUAUGAUCAAAGCGAAAUUUCUGAUGCUGGAUUUGCGUACACAAUAAAUCAGCUUUGUCUUGCAGUAGAGGACUGCAGGCGCAGGCCCAUAAGCAGCCUGAGUGGACGAGAGGUUUUGGCGGCCUAGGCGCUCAGCAUGACAGAAGUCUAUGCCUUAGGCCCAACAGCAUCACAAACCGCCGGCAUAAUGCGGGAGGUCUUGUGGGUUUGCCUUCUUUCAAGACAGACACGAUUUGUGGCCACAAAUAAGCAGCGCAAAUUUCUAAAAAAAUAUCUAUCCCUCCUUUUCAGGGUGGGGAGGGGGAGUUUUCUUUCAGGAUCACAGGCGGCCAAAGAGCAAGCCGCGAAAGAAGCAAACGCCACGGGCGGCACGAGCACGAGCAGGACCAAGAAAACGAGGAAAACGGAGAAUAUGACCUGCUCGAAAGUUACAAUCUCAAGAAACGUUAGUACUUACAAAAGAAUCUGGAUUUUGUGGUCUUGCAUCAUGUUCGUUGAGCAUUUGACAGAUCUCUUGCAGAGCGUUCCACUUUCUGCAAGACAAAUUUCGACAGAUUCUAGUUGCGGUUUGGCACAACUCCAGAUGAACUUGUCAUGUGCAAUCCUGUGGGAGUAGGCUACUAGUAGGUCAUGAUGCACUUCGUGCAUCAUAGAUUUCGAUAUCCCAUUGCAACGUUUGAGAUUGUAACGCCUGUUGAAAUGGUUAUACUAGAGAAGGGGACCGUAAAUGAAUCCGACUCUGAAGAUGACGACGACGAUGAAUAUUCAUCCGCAGAACUUGGGGAAGGGGGAGGCGAGGGUCGUUAUCAACUGUAAAUAUGUCUGGGUCCUCUGGAAAGAUGCUGCAGGGUUUGCCAUGCUUGUCUCACAUGGCUCUCAGGUCUGUCAUGUUGCGCAUUAAUUACCCAAAAGCUGCAUUUUUCUGUCAUGCACAAGCUCACUUUGUCAUGCAGAAGCGAAAACACUGUCUGUGCUUGUAGUAAGAAGUACCUCCAGAAAUACUACUUGUCAUGCUUCCCAGUCAACUGAGGUGUCAUCCACCUCGUCUUUCUCAAGUACGUAGCGUUACAAGUUUCAUCCAGACCCAGACAUUUUAUUGCAGUCGAUAAGGGUACUACUAGCAACAGGACGAUGAGAGACGUCAGUCCCGAAGAUGGGAGCGGAUCUACUUCUUCCACAAGCGCGAGUGUUGGAGGUGUUGGUGUUCAGCGACGCCAUCAGCGGGAUGCGGAAGAUGUCCCGGUUAUCCUGCGCGACGUCGCUAUGGGAAUGUCAGGAUCGAAAUCGUCAAAGUUGAAAUGAUUUGCCAUGCGUAAAAUGCAAUACAAAAAGUGACUCUAUUGCAGAGGACGCACGGGAGGCGGAUUAUAGUCCUGGUAGCCAAGGGUAAUAGCUGCUGACUAGCGUUACAGAAGGCAGCUCUUUUGCCCUAAACCGCAUGGCAGACUCGCUUCUAGGACCGGGAAAAUUCGUCAUGCACCGCCUACAAACUGUAGGUCUAACUGGUAUCCGUUUUAUGCAUGGCAAACUAUUUCAACUUUGACGAUUUCAAACCUGACACAUCCAUAGUCGCUGACGUGACGUCCCGCAUCUUGCCAGCCACAUCCCGCAUCUAUCAAAUGUAAAAAUGUCUGGGUCUGGAAGAAUGCAACCUGUGAUGCUGCAUUUGGAUUCCCAAAGAAUCUGCAUUGCAUGAGUACCAAAGGAAGUGCAAUUUUUGCUACGCUGAGAAGGCAUUUGUCAUGCGGAAUACGCAUCAAGAAGCCCUCAAAAAAUCUGUAUUGCUAGGGUAUGCAUCACAGACAUCGCGGCUCAUGCAAAACGUGCAUGACAAGUGUCAGAAUCUUCCAGACCCAGACAUUUUUACAGUUGAUAGCAUCCUGCGCGGGCUGCGCGAAGAUGCCAGACGUCAUGCGCGGGAUGAUGAUAACCCCUCGCGCAGCUUUGCAGAAGAACGGGCUCGGCGAGGAGUUAUCAAACUGUUGAAACAAGCUUGGUAGUGCUAGUGCCCCUGCUCCCACCGCAGAUGAAUUUGUUUGAUUUAUUUCAUAGUUGGUAUGACUAGCAGUCACUCGCCCGCCCGAAGAAGCGAACACAUAACUGAUUUUCAUAGUUUGUACGACAAACAGUCACUCGCCCGCCCGAAGAAGCGAACACAUAACAACUUACAACAGGGCAACAAGGAGCCUAGAGUCGGUCACAUCCGUUCGCCCGGCCGGCCGGACGGCACAUGACCGGGGGCAUUCCUGCCUCGGGGCGAUUUCGGCGCUGAAUGCAGCAGCAGCUGCGGCCAUCGGUUAAGCAGCGCUGGCACUUCCUUGCGCCGCUGCACCAGGAGCAGCUAUGCCUAUGGACAGAGGGGGGCUCCUUUCUUUAAAAAAAAAUCCCGCCCCAUUGGAUCAAUGUGCAGAGCCGCCGGAGCAAGACAGCCGGCGGCCUCGCAACCGGGGCGGGAGCACGGGGGGGAGGAUUCGUGCCUUUUUUUCGUGAAGGGCCGAGCGCGUGACCUUUUUGAUUUUAGUUGUUGCGUGGGAGCACAAGCUAAAAGCUCGCGCCACCCACCGGGGGCGGACCAAGGGUAAGAGUCAUCCCUUUUUUCGUGAAAGGCCGAACUCGUCGCGAUCUUUUUUCUUCAGUUGAGCUCCCGGGCAAGCUGGUAUCGGUAUCGUUGUGUGUGCUCCGGUCGUGAUUCGCCGGGGGUUGCGCCGUGUAUUGUAACAGUGGGCCGACACCACCAGAAAACUGAUGCUUGCGCCGCACUGGCCAUAAAAAAAACCUUGGACCCUAAAUCGGAAACAUAAACCCGCACGCAGUAAACCCUAAACCCUUUGCGACCGGCCGCCCGCGUGGAAUACUCCCACGAGCUAGCCGACGGCCCCCGGCUGCGUGACCGGUUCCGGAGCGUGGGCAAGAGAAGUGUUGCCCCAGUGAAGUGCCACGCUCAUGCUGAUGCUUUUUUUCUUAGUUGCCCGGGUGCGCGCUUCCCGGCGGCCACCACCUCCGACCGCCGCGCCACGACCCACUGACCCCCGGUCACGUGCCGUUCGGCCGACCGGACCGACGGACGUGACCCGCACGCCCGGUCACGUCUAGGCCCCUUAUUGCCUUGUAAUAAUUUUCAGACCAGGGGACCUAAGGCCCACCCAGCUGGGUGGGUCGAAGGUCCCCUGAGGACCUAAGCGGACAUUUUGUGACCCUCUUCUUAUUUCAUAGUUGGUAUGACUAGCAGUCACUCGCCCGCCCGAAGAAGCGAACACAUAACUGAUUUUCAGGGUUUGGUCUGUGGCAAAGUUUCCAAAAGAAAACUUUUUCGGUUUGCAUGUAAGGACGAGGACUCUGGCUAGUCUCGGUUCUAGGUACUUCAAAAAGCGCCGAUCUCUACUCGCGCGGCAUCAAGUCCCGCUUUUGCUAGAUGGUGAAAGAAUAGGUCGUUUCAACGCGACUCAAAGCUUGCUAUUCAUCUGCGCCGAAAAUUAUCUGGCCGCGUGUUUCUGGCAACAUAUGCAGCACGUAGAGGGGUGCUUGUACUAAUUUCGAGAAGCCCCUUCGCAACAGAAAGCGCGCUUCCAAAUUUAUCUGGGGCAGUACUUCUAGGGGCACUCGCACUUGUUUUCAGUACAAUAGCAAAUGCGGCACCGUUAUUCGCGGGGGUCCCGUAGGAAUUGGAAUUGCAAAAAUAUCGUACUCGUAUCUAUAAAUGCAUUUACAAAUUUCCUCAGGCUCAGCAUGAGAGAAAAACUUGCAAUGCUGAUUCACCUUAAGAAAAAGAUUUGUAAUACAUGACUGCAAUAGCAAUACGACUGCGAUACUUUUGCACAGGAUAUCCCGAGCCCGACACAGCCAACAAAUCACGGGGCUCCUCCUGCAGCGGGUGCGCCGCCUACGCCGCAAACCGGCUCACAAGUCGAAACCGAGUAUCCUGAGCAAAAGUAUCGUACUCGUAUUGCAAUCAUGCAUUGCAAAUUUUUCUCUUGAGGUAAAUCCGCAUUACAAAUUUUAUUUCUCAACAUGCUGAGGAAAUUUGUAUGUAGUGAGGUCACCGAACGGUUCUAACCGGGGAGUUUUUUUGCCAUCUACCCUGAAAAACGGCCGGCAGUUUUCAAGCGGCCUGAAGGCUUUUUUUACAUAAAAAAUUUCCAAUUAUCAAGCGGCCGGGGCUUUGUUGUCAAAAAAGCCCGAGCCAAUUCUAUCGAUUCGCGCUUGAUAAAACGACGAAGGGGAGCCGGCAAAAGGGGCGCCCUUCUGAGGCGCCCACCGCCUUGGUUUCUGGCGAUUUUAGGCGCCCAAAAAAGGGCGCGCAAAAAACGCGCCCAAAAUCAGAACAGCGAAACAGCAUGGCACGCCCCCGAUUUCGGAGCAUUUUGGGCGGCCGCGAAAGUGGCCGCCUUUUCGCCGGCUUCAGAGCCUGGGAAGCUUUGCAAAAAGCGCCGGCGUGAAAAAUAAAAACGCGAAAAAGAAAAAGCGCCCCAGACGCGCAAAGCCAAUCCGCAUGCUAUGGGCCCGAUUUUUCUUCGCUUUUUGGGCGCCCCCCGUGGCACCCGGAUCGGCGCCAUAGCAUGGGGGCUGGGCUUCGAAAAGGAAUUUCGGAGAUUUGCCAAAAUUUGCAACGUUUCUCGAGCGGCCGCCAUACCGCGCGGCAUAACGCUACUCACGGCGGUAUGGCGAACCCAGAAAAAGCAAAGCCGCGGCCAAGGCGGCGGCCGGCAAGAAAACGCCCACGACCUCACUACCUCCGCCCCGGCGGCUAUAUUUGGCACUAGUAUAAUGCAUUUAUACGAGUGCGAUACUUUUGCAUUGCAUACCGAGCCAACCGAUCCGGUUCCGGCCGGCGCUUCGCACAAGGAGCUUCUCGGGCAGGAGGGCUAGGUAGUGGCUGGCGCACGCACGGGUUGUAUUUGUUGGAGCUUCAUGUUUAUGAGAAGGACAACCGAAAACUGCAUGGAGAUGAAGCUAUUUAAAAGCAAAAACUGAAGAUGCUACGACAUACACACUCAAACCGAUUUAAAAGCAAGAACUGAAGAACAAGAAGUUUUAGUUUUAGUACAAUGCGUCGAUGUUGAGUUUGACUGAAAUUGACUUUCACAAUUUAUAUUUGUAUGUCCUGCAAAAUGAUACUUGUUGUUGUUUUCAAAGGUAGACGAGGACCAUGCUGUAUCUUAACCCCGCCCCUCGUUUCUCGUAGCCGUGAAAACAUUUUUUCUUGUAGAUGUGGCAGUUCCACCAGUUCACCGUUGGAAAAUAAAAUGAUUUCUGGUGGAUAGUGCAGGUUCAUCAUCUCUCCAGGACCACUACAUUAUAAACAAUUCCGGGCGUUAACAGUCGCGCGCCCAAUUUUGCGAAACUUUUGCGACGUUUUUGCGAGAUUUGCCGUUUUGGCCCAGAUCGGUCGCGAGGAGUAUUCCGCUGCAGCUGUGGGCGUUUUGGCAAAGCCCGGCCGCCUGCGGCCCUCGCCUGUUUUCGCUCCCUUGGAGCGGGGCAACGAGAAGGCUGACCCCGAGCGCGGCCCCGAUCUCGAGCGGGCCGCGUUAGCAAGCAGACUGGGGCUGCCCACACAUCUCCCCCGGGCCGCCCCUUCCCCUGUUCCAAAGAAAUAGGCAGCAAAAGACGCGGGCCAGGCUUUGCCUCAGCCCCGGGGGCAGGGUGUUGUGGCCGCCGGCGAUCCGCCUUGCCCCUGCCUAGCCGCAUUCAUUCUGUCUCCCUGCCAGCCAAAGCCACUAGGGCCCAUAGGCAGGCUGGCAGGCUGGCGCCCUGUGCGGUCGCCCCGGGUACCGGCCAGGGGGCCGGCCAGGCAAGACGGCGGCGGCUGCUGCCUUUGCAAGACUGCGCCUUCUUCGCGCCACAUUCAUUGGCUGCGCACAGGCUCGCUUCCUUGGGUGGCCCAGCGCGGCUGCAGGUGGUGUGCCACCUGGCCCGGGAGGGGGUGCGGGAUAUACUUUCCUUCGGCCGGCGGCCUUGUCGUGCGCAGAAUGUCUUGCCGGCGGGGGGCUCUUUGAAAACUUGGGGGCGAGGCGGGAAAACGGACAAAAGGGGCAUCGGAAUCUUGCGGCAGAAAUUGCGCACAAAAAAAUCGACUUUGUUGAAAGUGAGCAACUAAGCCUGUUCGCAAAAAUCUCGCAAAAAUUUGGCCCCCCUCUCGCAAAAAUCUCGCAAAAUUACUAAGCCUGUUUGACCAUGAAAAAUUGGAAAUCAGGCGAAUCGAUUUUCGUCAUAUGCAAUUUUUAAGCCUGUUCGCAAAAAUCUCGCAAAAAUUUCGCAAAAAUCUCGCAAAAAUCCGGCAUCCUUUUUUUGCAAAUUUCGCAGAAAUCUCGCAAAAAUCUCGCAGAAUUCCCGGGGAAGCGAAAAAACCCAAGAGGCCUGCCGCUUUUUGUGUGUUGUCCCGCUCCCAGCCUGGACCAGGGGGUGGCCAUGGCCCGGGGCGCCGACCUUUGGCCCCGCGCGCGCGCGGCCCAGGCAGGGGGCGGGCCAUGUGGGUGGCGCCGCCCGCCUAGGCACGGGCUCCGCGAGGUACCGGCGCCAAGGAAGGGCUCCGGGCCACGCACCCACUAAGUGGAUUUAUUUGUGGGGUGGUCCGGCGGGCUUCGCGUGGUCGCUGUGCUUGCAAGCGAGCCGGCGGCCGGGUGGCGCGGCUGCGUGCCAGCCAGCCGGGUUUUUUUUGUUUGGCGGCCCGCGGUGUUCUAUUAUGGAGCGCCCUCUCGGGGGCGCGCGCUGGCAUGGGUUUGGCCGCACGCAGAGAACAACCCAACGACGGACACCCCAGGUCGGUGGCCCGCUUUGCCUUCGCCCCAUUCCUCGCUCUAUUGGGCCUUGGCGCGCCUUCUAUGGAAAGGCGACCACGCCAGCGGGCUCAAUUUUGAGCCCGGUGGUAUGGUUGAUCCCCCUUUGCCGGGCUUGCGCGCUUCGCCUCUUGCCCCGGGGUUUCGGCCUGCUCUUUGGGGCGUGUGUGUCUUGUUGUGCCGUGACUAGCGUGGCGCCAGCCGCAAAACUGCUAAACUCGCAAAAGCCUCGCAGAAAUCUCGCAAAAUUGGGCCCCGCUCCGUUAACGCAGAUUUUGUUUGUAACUACAGCUACAGGUGAUGAUCUACUUUCGAUCUCGUCCAGGUGAUGAUGUACUAAUUCGAUCUUGGUUUGCGGUGGAUUCUAGCCAGAUACGAUGACGAAAAGAUGAAGAAUGCAUGAAUUUCUGACAACUCGUCCUCGUGAUUGUACUUGUAGUGGUUUUCAACGAAAUAUUAAAGGAACAAGUGCGACGAGCGGUGGAUCGUCGUGACAACGCGUGAUUUAAAU